UAACUUAUAGUACCAAAUGAGAGUAGUCUAAUAAAAAAGGAAAGUUAUGGUUGAGCGUCUACACACAGAGUGGUAGUGUCUGGUACAGUAUAUAGAUGAAGGUGUUAAAUGUGUUAAUUAUAUGAAUUCAACCUCUGCACGUGUUAUCACCCUGGCUUUGCCCCUAAAUUUCACUGUCAAACGCCACCAUUACAAUAUUGUAGACCAAAGCAAAGUAGUAGCAGUAGUAGUAAACAAAUGGAAAUUCAGAUAUCAUAAUUUCCACCACACCUACUCAAAAAUCAUUCCAUUCUCGCUAUCUCUCUCCGGGUUUGUCUGUAUUCAUCCUUUUCAAAUUUAGGGUUUUCAUGAUCAUGUUCUGUUGGAUCUUUCUUUUUUUGUAACAUUAAGAUUAUUUGAGUUGUUUUGUGUUGAUUGGUGAAGAAUUGAGUCUAGAAUCGAAAUGGGUAUUUGCUAUUCGUCAAGAGGAGGCAAGAGGCGCGAGGGAGAGGAAGAUAAUUGGUGGAAGAGCAAGAACAACCAUGAUAACAUCAAUACUAGCAACAAGAAGAGUGGGUUUGAUGUUAAGUUAAAGAAAACGAGUUCUGGUGAUUUCAUCUCAUUCAUCGGAAAGUUGGGUGGCGGCGGCGGCGGAUUGGCCGCAGCCGGCCGCGGGCUCCAUCAAAUCCCCGGGAGGUUUUUCGUCAACGGCGCGAGCGGCGUCGCCAGCUUACAUACACAGCAGGGUAAGAAAGGAACUAAUCAAGACGCCAUGAUCGUUUGGGAGAAUUUCAGUUCGAAAAGUGAUACGAUAUUUUGUGGAGUGUUUGAUGGUCAUGGUCCUUACGGUCAUUUAGUUGCAAGACGAGUUCGCGAUUCUCUUCCUGUUCUUCUUUGCACUCAUUGGAAUGCUAGUUCCCAUACCGAUGGAAGUUGUCCUUGUGAGAACGGGAUAGCGAGCGGAAGCACAAAGUUGGAGGAAACUGCAGAUGAAGAUUGUUGUGAAGUAUUGGAGGCUGAGGAGAACGAAAAAUUCCCUGAGAUGCAUCUGCCACUGAAGCAAUCGAUACUUAAGGCUUUCAAGAUGAUGGAUAAAGAAUUAAGGUUGCAUCCAGCAAUAGACUGUUUCUGCAGUGGAACAACUGCUGUUACUCUGGUAAAGCAGGCUCAGGAUCUUAUAAUUGGAAAUGUUGGUGAUUCGAGAGCUAUACUGGCAACGAGAGAUAAAGACAACUGUUUGACUGCUGUACAGCUGACAAUUGACUUGAAACCCAAUCUUCCAAGAGAAGCCGCUAGGAUCAAGCAAUGCAAGGGAAGGAUCUUCGCUUUGCAGGAUGAGCCAGAGGUUGCACGUGUAUGGCUGCCUAAUAGUGACUCACCUGGUUUGGCAAUGGCUAGAGCUUUUGGAGACUUCUGUUUAAAGGAUUUUGGUUUAAUUUCUGUACCAGAUGUUUAUUACCAUCGCCUUACUGAGAAAGACGAGUUUGUUGUUCUUGCCACUGAUGGGGUUUGGGAUGUCCUCUCAAAUAAGGAAGCUGUAGAAAUCGUUGCCUCAGCCCCUGGUCGCGCAACAGCAGCCAGAGCUCUUGUCGACUGUGCUACUAGAGCGUGGAGGCUUAAAUAUCCCACUUCCAAGAUUGAUGACUGUGCUGCUGUAUGCCUCUUUCUGGAACAUGUAUCCGCAGCUGAUGUGGCUCAACCAGAGAAUGUCUCUACUAGGACUCCAGAAGAGUCAAUGCAGAGCAUUCCUGUAAUAGAUGGGGACACUAGGAGUUCAGGUAGUGGUGAUGUUUCAGCUUCUCAUGCUUCUGUUCUUGAGCAUUGGGGUGCUUCAACAGAGACUAGUGAAAUUGUGUCCGUUUCUGAGUCAAAAGAAGAAAAGCUUCCCGAGAGGUGCCAGAGCGAGUCUAAGAGGAGCCUGGCUGAGUGCCUCUCAACUGCUGAGGAAGAGGAAUGGUCAGCCCUUGAAGGUAUUAGCCGGGUCAAUACCUUGCUAAGUAUUCCCAGGUUCUUGUCUGGCGACAAAAGAUCAGCCAGUUGGAGGAAAUGGUUAUGAAACAUCUCCGAGGAUUUGUUUUCACACACAAUCAGAGAGAGAACUGUGUCUGUUUUCAUAAUCUAAUUAGAAUCAUUUCUUUUCUCGAAGAUCGAAUGAAUGCCAUCUUAUAGCUGUAACAGAAAGUCUGCGGGUUUCAAGUUGCCUGAAGCAGAUGGAAGGGAACCACCCAAUGCCCACCUCGGUCGCAAAAAAUCGCCAAACUAGGUCUCUGUAAGUUCCAAGCUGCAAGAUGCACAUGAAGUGGGUGCAUACAAUUUGUACAAACAUCAAUACACAAGAACGGAAAGCAGCAAUUAGGUUUGUUGUAUGUCUUGCUAAAAUGAUCAGUUGCAGAUUUUGUUUAGUGAUAAUGAUACAAUUUGUAGGAGGAUGAAUUAUGUAAGGAUUUUUUUGUUCCUUAGUCAGAAUGAGCUUUAAUUCUUGACUGUGUUUAGGUUAGUUUCAAAGGUCUUCUGUUCAAUGAACAAAAUUAAGUAUCUUUAUAUGCAGAAGGUUGGUAGGUGAGAAUAAUGUAUUUGUUAGGUACUCGCUUGGUGCUUUUGAGUGUUUUAUUUAUGUUUGUUUUUACUUUUGGGUU